UUUAAUUGAAACAUGGACGGAAGACAAGGCAUAUUAUGAACUUACAAACCACAUCGGUACCGAAAUUAGGAAAAAUAGACGCCAAGUCUAUAGGAAAAUGCUGGAGCGAGAUAAAAUAUGCUGCCAAAAAUCGGGAUACAUGGCGUAACAAGGGCGGAACAUUGUCUUAAGCAAUGGCGACUCGUACCACCACAAUAGAGCAGCAAAAUGAAAUAAAAGAGAAUUACUAUGACCAAGUAUUACCAAAGGAGUCGCAUUUUUAUCAACCAAUCAGAAAGCUUGAAAGAAAAAUUGGGUUUAUCACACCCAUAAUAUGGUCUAGUGCAAUUAUUAUAAGCCUGUUUCAUUUAAUUGUUGUACCAUAUUUUGCAUACUUCUUGUACAGUGGGAGACGAUGCCUCAGAAGCACGUUUAUAUUACAAUUUAUAUUUGGAUUUAUGGCGGGACUCGGUGUCACUGCAGGCGCCCAUCGACUUUGGACUCAUAAGUCUUACAAAGUGAAAAAGCCUGUAAAAAUACUGCUUCUAAUAUUUUACGCUAUAGCCGGCCAGAACAACAUCUACAACUGGGUCCGCGACCACCGCUUGCACCACAAGAAGUCAGAAACAUUUGCCGAUCCUCACGACGCGAACCGAGGGUUCUUCUUCUCCCACGUGGGUUGGCUGAUGAUGAAGAAGCAUCCUCAUGUGAUAUCUGAAGGGUCCAAGAUAGACAUGAGUGAUAUAACCAGUGACCCUAUGCUGGUGUUUUUUAAUCGGUACUUCAAUAUCUUCAAAUUCAUAUUCUGCUUCCUGAUACCAAUAUUUCUCCCAGUUUAUAUGUUUGGAGAGGAAUUAUUUGUAUCUGUACUGUCUAGCUUAGUACGGUAUAUAGUAUCUUUGAAUGGGACAUGGUCCGUUAAUAGCUUCGCACAUCUGCAUGGAUUGAAGCCUUAUGAUAAGGAAAUAAUGCCAUCAGAAAACAAUAUCGUAUCAAUAAUUGCGCUUGGUGAAGGUUGGCACAACUACCAUCAUACCUUCCCCUGGGAUUACAAAGCAGCUGAGUUGCCAUAUUUCAUCAAUUUAACAACUGUUUUCCUAGAUUUAUUAGCGUUUACAGGUUUAGUAUAUGAUAUGAAACAGGCUUCACCUGCUCUUAUAAAGGCCGUGGCAGAAAAAAAUGGGGACGAUACUCGAAAACUUGAUUAGGAAUAAAAUAUAAGGUUUUUUUAUGUGAUGUUUUAAAUUAUUUUAAUUAUGUGAUGUCAUAAGUUAAAGAAUUCGGUGUUAAUAUUUUUAGUUAAGUUUGUAACGGCUGUUGAAUUAUAAUUUUUAGAAUAUUUUUUUUUUUUACAUAUUUGUGAUAAAUAAUGGGAACUAUG